UUACAAACAGCAUGCUUCGCAGUUUGCGUCGUCAAGGGUACGCACGGUACGCAUAGUACCUCCAAGCGAAAACCUUUGUGUUGGUGUGCGCAGAGUUAUCUUCACAACAGUUACAGAACCAUCAAAAAUGGCAUUUACCAGUUGCAUCCUGAAAAAUGUAGACAGUGGUCAAAGUGUGAAGCUGUGUGCAGGAAAGCAGUUUGUGGGAAGGUCACGAGAAACAAAAAUUCAAGAUACUCGAUGCUCUAAGAAGCAAGUCGAGUGUGAUGUGGACCUGGAUGUCGGCUCCAUCGCACUGCGGGUGCUCGGUGCCAACCCGUCAGCUGCCGGUGGGCUGGAGCUGACUGCCGGCCAGACAGCCACCCUCCGACAUGGUGACAGUCUGCAGUUGCUGAGCGGCCGACACGAGUUUGUCGUGCAGUUCAGCCCGACGCCAGGCCGAGGCCAGUCGGAGGCUGGCAAGCGCAAGGAGUGUGAAGAUGGGACCUCCGGAGAGAAGGACGGGUCCUCUCUAAAGCGGCCGCGCUCCGAGGCUACAGCAGAGGAGUCCUUUGAACCUAACAUGAUGGAGACCAAGGAGGAGGAGUGGACGUCGGCGGAAAACGAUGGAAUUCUCUUAUUUAUCACUAAAGGAGUGAAGCCGGCUGCCAGAAUCGCCGCAUUCGAUAUCGAUGGUACUAUUAUCACUACAAAGUCUGGAAGAACUUUCGCGAAAGAUCGAGACGACUGGCAAAUCCUGUGCUCGGAGGUUCCGGGAAAGCUUAAGGAACUCGUCCAUCGUGGCUUCAAGAUCGUGUUUAUCACGAAUCAGAUGGGCAUCAGCAAGAACAAGCUGCAGCCGGAGGACCUGCGCGUGAAGCUGCGCAACAUCACGGCCCGGCUGGGCGUGCCCGUCCAGUGUCUCAUCUCGCCUGGCGACCGCUGGUUCCGCAAACCCCGGCCCGGCAUGUGGGAGUACCUGACCACAAAGGGUAACGGCUCGUGCAAGGUCGACAUGUCGGAGAGCUUCUAUUGCGGAGACGCUGCUGGCCGUCUGGAGGGCUGGCAACCCAAGAGGAAGAAGGACUUCUCCUGCUCUGAUCGGCUGUUUGCGCUGAACAUCGGCCUCCGCUUCUGCACGCCCGAGGAGCUGUUUCUGGGACGCCCGGCCACGCCCAAAUACCAGCUGCCUGCGUUCGACCCGCGAGCCGCCGUCGACGAAGGAAAGCGGAUGGCUCCAGAGACCGCUGCCAGGGCGGAACAAGAGGUGGUCGUGCUGGUGGGGCCGCCCGGUUCUGGCAAGAGUCACGUGACCCGGCGUCAGCUGGUGCCGGCUGGCUACGUGCCGGCCAACAGAGACACGCUCAAGUCCUGGCAGAAGUGCGUCCAAGUGGUGGAGCAGGCUGUCAAGGAGGGCAAGAGCGCUGCCGUCGACAACACGAACGGCGACCGGGAGAGUCGGCAGCGGUACGUGGCGCUGGGCCGGCGCCUGGGCGUACCGGUCCGAUGCCUGCUGAUGACCACCUCGCUGGCCCAGGCCAAGCACAACAACAAGUUUCGCGAGCUGACUGAUCCCAGUCACCAGCACGUCACCGAAAUGGUCUUCAACAUGUUCAAGUCCCGAUACGAGGAGCCCACCGAGGACGAGGGCUUCUCGGAGGUGACCAGGCUCGCGUGCGUGCCGACGUUUGACGACCGGGAGCGGGAGCGGCUCUACCGGUUCUACCUGACCGAGAAGUGAGCGCUGGACGUCACACUGCUCGUCCCCGCCGGCUCUACCCGACCGGGAACGGGAGCGGCUCUACCGAUUCUACCGGACCGAGAAGUGAGCGCCGAACUUCACACUGCUCGUCCCCGCCGGCUCUACCCGGCCGGGAACGGGAUCGGCUCUACCAGUUCUACCUGACCGAGAAGUGAGCGCUGGACAUCACACUGCUUGUCCCCGCCGGCUCUACCCGACCGGGAAUUGGAGCGGCUCUACCGGUUCUACCCGACCGAGAAGUGCCGCGGCGUGUCGGUCGCCCUGCGCCGCUCCCGUCUGCCGCACUGGGCUGAGCUGCUGCCCUGCUGCGGCUGGGGCCGCUGCCGGCCGGUAAGGACGCUGACAGCUGGGAAGGGGCCUGCUCCAGCCCCGGUGCCAUGCAUACACGAAUGCGGCGGCGCCGGCGGCGUGCGCCAAUGACGUCACUGGACGCCCGCCGAUGACGUUACUGGACGCUCGCCGAUGGCGUCUGGACGCCUGCCGAUGACGUCUGGACGCCUACCGAUGACGUCUGGACGCCUACCGAUGAUGUCCGGACGCCUACCGAUGACGUCUGGACGCGUACCGAUGACGUCUGGACGCGUACCGAUGACGUCUGGACGCCUACCGAUGAUGUCCGGACGCCUAACGAUGGCGUCCGGACGCCUGCCGAUGACGUCUGGACGCCUACCGAUGACGUCUGGACGCCUGCUGAUGACAUUUGGACGUCAGCCGAUGGCGUCACUGAACGCCUGCCAAUGACGGCACUGAACGCCCGCCUAUGACGUCACAGAUGACAUACGUGUCAUGAUUGGUGGAUCAGUCUGAUUUAUUGUGUUCGAUCGCGCCGGAGUGGUCCUGUUUUAAACUUAGCCGCGGUCUGACUUGUUUUUUUUCGGCUUGUGUCGUGCCUGGUUGUGAUGCAGGUGAUUCAACCCAAACUUUGCUGUUGUCUGUUGACAUCGUUUGGCGCCGUGCGACUGUGAUCGUGGAUGAGCUUUUCAUAUGUUAUAAAAAACGGUGCCGCGUCCAGCGCCUAU